GGCAGGCAUCCAGCCGUUGUGAGAAAGAGCGAUCGUCAUAAUUACUGUUAAUAAUUAGUCAGGAUAAGAAGCUGACGUGAUAUAUAUUGAUGGCAGAAGUGUCCGAGGUCUCAUUUGAUGCCCAGGUUGCAGAGGAGAGGGUGGAAGAGGCAGAGGAAACUCUGGAUCGGAGACAGACUGGGACAGGGACUCAUAGGGAGGAAGCAGAGGACGUCGGCGCAGCAGAAGCAGAAGCAGCGACAUGAUGCGACCGGGGGCGAAGCAGUACGUGGUGGCCAGGCCGCUCUACUCCGAGGACUCCUUCGCCGAGGAGCACGAGCGGGUGCACCGGCAGCGCAAGACCAUGCUGGACCACAUCAGGCAGUACUUGACAUGCGACGCCAAACGGGCCAAGAGCGCGGCUCUCUCCUUUCUGCCGAUCAUCGGCUGGAUGAGGAUCUACAACGUGAGGGAGUGGCUGCUCAGCGACAUCGUGUCCGGAGUCAGUACGGGGCUGGUGGCUGUGCUGCAGGGUCUGGCCUACUGUCUGCUGGCCUCUCUGCCCACAUGGUACGGACUCUUCUCCGCCUUCUUUCCUGUGAUCACCUAUUUUUUUCUCGGCACUUCCAGACAUAUCUCAGUAGGUCCCUUCCCGGUUUUGUGCCUGAUGAUCGGCUCGGUGGUCACCAGGAUAAUACCAGAUGAGGGUCCACCAACCCUCAACGUCACAGAAUUCGACGGCCUGUCGGUAGAUCAACAGAGGGUGCUGGUGGCGUCAACGGUGACCUUCCUCAUUGGAAUCAUGCAGCUGGCCAUGGGUGUUUUCCAGAUUGGCUUUGUGGUCAUGUACCUGUCAGACACCCUGGUGUCUGGAUUCACCACGGCGGCUGCCAUCCACAUCCUGGUGUCGCAGCUCAAGUUCCUGCUGGGGCUGGAAGUCCCCGGACUCAGCGGACCGUUCUCCAUCGUAUAUACGCUGGAGAUCAUCUUCAACAAGAUCACAUCCAGCAACGUGUGUGACAUAGUGAUCUCCCUGGUGAUCAUCGUGGUGGUGUUCGUCGUGAAGGAGCUGAACGAGAGGUACAAAUCCAAGCUGCCUGUUCCCAUCCCCAUCGAGGUCAUCAUGACUGUGAUUGUAUGUGGCGUUUCGUAUGCGUUCGACUUCAGCACCAGAUAUGGCAUUGCUGUGGUUGGACACAUUCCAAGUGGGUACGAGUCUCCAGUAGCUCCCAGCGUAUCCCUCUUCCAGGAGACAGCGAUGGAGGCUUUCUCCAUGGCCAUUGUGGGCUUUGCUGUUGCCUUCUCAGUGGCGAAGGUCUACUCUGUCAAACAUGACUACCCCAUCGACGGAAACCAGGAGCUGAUCGCCUUCGGGGUCAGCAACAUCUUCGGAGGGCCCUUCAAGAGCUUGGCAGCGAGCACGGCUCUGUCCAGGUCGGCGGUGCAGGAGAGCACGGGAGGGAAAACCCAGGUCGCCGGAUUGCUCUCGGCUGUCAUCGUGAUGAUCGUCACCUUGGCUGUUGGAUUCCUCCUGGAUCCGCUACCAAAAUCGGUGCUGGGCGCUGUGAUCAUCGUCAACCUGAAGGGGAUGCUGAUGCAGGUCAAGCAGAUGCCGUACCUGUUCAGGAGGGACAGAACAGACUGUGUGGUGUGGCUGAGCACCUGCUUGGCAGCCAUCUUUCUGGGGCUGGAUCUCGGACUGGCGGUCGGUCUGGGCGUGGAGCUCAUCAGCGUCGUCUUCAGGAUCCAGUUCCCUCGCUGCAGCGUGCUGGCCAACAUUAAAGGAACCGAUCUGUACAAAGACAGGAAGGACUACACCAGUAUAUCCGAGCCAGACGGUGUGCUGAUCUUCAGGAUCCCGUCACCAAUCUUCUUCGCCAACGCUGAUUUCUUCAGGAAUAAGCUGAUCGAGGCUCUCGGCUUCAGCCCGCUGAGAGUGCUGAGAAAGAGGAACAAGGCCCUGAGGACGAUCCGGAAACUUCACAGGAGGGGCGAACUGCAGUGGACAUCAAAAGGCCUUCUCAGCACCACAUACACACCAAUCCAGGACUCCAAGGACGAGCGCGACAUAGAGGCACUCGACCUGCCAACUGACUUCCAGGACCUUCCUGGCCGGAUCGACUGGGACGGCCAGCUUCCGGCCAACAUCGUCGUUCCCAGAGUGGACAUUCACAGCCUGAUCCUGGACUUUGCGGCCGUCUCCUUCAUGGACAUCUCGGCUCUAAAGGGACUGAAAACUCUGCUGAAGGAGCUGAUCCGUGUUGAAGUUGAGGUGUACAUCGUUGCCUGUGAUACUUAUAUCCUGGAGAAGCUCCACGCCUGCUGCUUCUUCGACGAGGAGGUUCAGCCGUCCAUAUUCUUCCUCACCCUGCACGACGCCAUGCUGCACAUCCUGGAGAAACAUCCGGAGUCCAUGCAGAGCAAGUCAGACUUUGAAAAGAUCAUCACAACAGUCACGGUUCACCAUCCAAGUGGGCGGUUGAGGAGCCGAGAAAAAAAUGCUCCAGAAACCAAGUUCUGAUCUCCCCGUAAAGACCAAAGACCAAGAAACAUGAACAUGCCGUUCAGAAACUCACAUAAUGAACAGUGAGACGCUGUGUGUAAUUGAAGCUCACCUAUGGAAUAUUUAAUGUCAUAUAAGAGAGUUGUUGUUUUAUACUGUAUAUAGUGAAUUUGUAGAAAUUUUUUGUGCAAUGUAUUUUUCAUGUUUUAUCGUUGUAUUUUCAAGACAAUGAGGGUAAAUAAACU